GAGAGAGGCGGGGCGUCGCCUGGUGGGCGAAGGCGAGGCGCGAAGCAGCGUCUGUUGCCCUGGGCGCUCGUCCGACGGGGCGGGGAGGCGGCGGCGGCUCCCAGCUGCAAACUCGGCGUGGCUGAGAAGGUGUAGGGAAGUGCGCAACACAGACACACACAGGUGUCGGGAAGGACGCGACACAGACACACACAGAAAGACCAGAAGAAAGAUCGAACAGGGCAGCCCUUCUCCAUGGAAGCCGAGCGGCCCGGACUUGACUUCGGGGCGCGCUGCGUCAGGAGCGGCGAAGCUCUGGUCCUUUAGACUGGCCUCUCCUCGGGCGGACAGGCGUCUGCGCGCAAGCAGCCGCCAUGGGUGACUUUGCCGAGGAGGAGCAGCAAGCGGAGGACGAGGCGUGCUGCGACUUCGAGCCUUUGCCUGCGCUCUCGGAGGACGAGGAGAACGUGUCUCUUGCUGAUGUAUUGUCACUGCGGGAUAGCUGUCUCACUGAGGAAGAUAUCUGGGCUGUUUGCUUGGAGUGUAGCCAGUCUCUGAAGAGCAUUGCCCAUUCUGCAAUCUUCCAGACACUUUGCAUUACUCCUGACACUUUGGCUUUUAACACCAAUGGCAAUGUAUGCUUCAUGGAGCAGAUCAGUGAUGACCCAGAAGGUACCUUUGUGCCACCAGAGAUAGAUGUAACUGGUAACACAUUUGAGGCACAUAUCUUUUCCUUGGGAGCUACACUAAAAGCAGCCCUCGAAUAUAUAACGGAGCCUGGAACCGAUUCAGAAUUCAGUCAAGAUCUGCAUACUUUGCUUGAACAAAUGCAGGAAGAAAGUCCUAAAGAGAGACCAGAUAUCGAGACUGUCAUAUCAUUGAGUAAAGAGAACCUGAAGCUUUCUUCCUCGAGUGAUAUUUGCCAAUGCCUCUCUGCAAUUGGAAGAAGAGUGUUUUCAAUUGAAUCAUGUGGCACCUUUCACGACAGUUGCGAUAACGUGUGGAAUGGAAAAGUCUAUGAGAGGAUUUCACCUUAUGAACAGUGCACAGAUUACAAUUUAAGAGAGCAUUCAUCUCCAGAGGUGGAAGACUUGACAGUUGCUAGUGGUGGAAAUUCUUCUCACACGUAUACCAUGAAUGACAGAAAUGAUGAUAUAAAAGAAAUUAAAACCAACUCAGUGCAUGAAAAUCUUUGCUGUCAAUACGUUUCAACUCAGGUCACAAACUGUAAAGAGAACAGCAAUAACAACAACAGCAAGUGUGUGGAUCUUGUCUUAGACACAAAGCCAUGUACAAGUGAGUUGGAGGAAGAUGCAGUAAAAAGAAACUGCUCAAGGAAUGGAAAAGCAUUCCCAAAGCUACCGUCUGAAUCUGAGACAGACCCAAGAACUUUCUUCCCUUUUGUAAGUCACAGCGGACCACUAUCAAGGAAACAAUAUCCAUUACAGCCCAAGUCAUUAUCUCAAGUCAAUAAUAAUGAGAAUGCUGCUUUAGAGAGAAACUUAAGUCAUUGUGAUGGAAAUAAUGAACUUGGAUUAAAAGCAGCAGAUUUCCAGGAACCAAAUAAUAAUUUAGAUGAAUUUUACAAGAGCCCAGAAGUAUCUUAUCAAAUCCACAAGCCGACCUGCAAUGAUGAUAAAGCAUAUAUUCUUCCAUACACUCAUAUGGGUUCUGAAACUCCAAACAGCUAUGAACCAGACAAAUCAAAUUCUGACUGCAAGAUACUAAAAAACCAUAAAUCAUGGGAAUACUGUGGAGAAACUUCCGCAAGGUCAAAUGAAAGCAGUCUGUUGCAUAUUAACAGGAUAACUACAGGGCUUAGAACAUUUAAUGAAAACGGACGUAGCUCAACCCUGCUAAAUUCUCCAGAACAAAAUCACAGUGAGAUGAAAGACUAUUAUGUUGAAGAGAAGCAAUAUGAAGGCAGGGAGUCAGAAAUGAGAAACAGCAAGCAGUCUGUCUUUCUGAAACGUCUCUUAACACAGUAUGCCAAACCACUGAAAGACUAUGAGCUCUGGGCUUUAUGCCAUGAAUGCUUGCUUACUAUGGAAACUUAUACAAUUUAUCCAGCAUACUUGUGUUUAGACUCUGUCCUGAUUAACAGUGAUGGAAGUGUUCAGUUUGUUCCACCUGAAAGUGAAGGCUCAUAUGAUAUGUUUUAUUUGGCUCCUGAGACAGAGGAAGAGGAUUAUGUUACUGAAAAGGUCUGUAUUUACUGCAUUGCUGCAAUUUUGUGGAGAGCUGCAAAACAUAAUUUCCCACCUGAUCACAAAAUAGUGUUGCCAAGGAAACUGAAGAAUUUUCUUCUGGAUAUGGCUAGACGAAAGUCAGAAGACAGGCCUUCUCUGGCAGAUGCAAUUAAGACAUGUGGUAGCUAUCUUCUUGAACAAAGAAUAAGCAGCAAGGAGGUUCUGGCAUGUUUAACCAGAUCUGCCUUUCAGGCUUUCAAAGAAGCGGAUUCUUUUAAUGAUAGCAUGCCUUUUGAUUUACAAAGUGAGAGAAGUUCAGUGGAUGAAAACUUAGGAUUUUUACCUAUGAGCAAUGAAAGCAAACUGAUAGCAGUGAAAGGACCAGUCCCCUGCCAGCCUUCUUUGAACAGAGAAAGUACCAUAUUGCCAAGUGCUUUCACUUCUACAGCAACCCAUUUCAAGCCUAUUAUUCUACAUCAAAACAUUGAUAUUAAAAAAGGUACUGCUGCAUCCUCAGUGAUACAACGUGGAAUGACUAUGGAAAGUGGUGUGUCUGUGGAUUUUAAAAAUUCAGUACGUUUAAAUAUUGAUUCUGAAAGCAAGAUGGAUGAGGACUCUGAUUUGCCAGCAGUCUGUGUUACUACAUCUGGUAUUCUGGAACAGGAUAAACAAGGAUUGGAAGCAUCACUUCCGACUGGUGCAGAGGAGCCAAAAGCAAGCAGUGCUAGCUCAGGCAUGGCAGAAUUACCCUUAUUCUCUGAAACCUCAUGCCCUUCUCAAGGGAAGUGUCCUUCCUCAAGCGACCCUAACUGCACUGUGUCUUCUAGUAUGGCUUUUAUAAACAAUUUCCUUUUGAAACAGGACCCAGUCACGAGGGUGUUAACUCUCGUACCAGUCCAGAUUGCUAUAUCAGAGCAAAUACCGAAUAAGCCUCUUCAUUCAAAAACAGCUUACAGUUGUGGUCCCAGUUUACACGUCCUCCUUUCGGAUUCUGUAGCAAACUAUGAUGUUGACAAAGUGUUUCAAAGCUCUUCACCCACGAACCAUCUGAGGAAUUGUGAGACUAGUAACGCACGGCAUGAAUGUCUGGACAUGAAUCUGAAGAUUAAUAGUUUACCCCCAACUAUGAUUAAUAAAGAGCCUCAAACCAGGUAUCCUGAAAAGAAUCUGUCCCAAACAUUUUGUGAGGAAUGCAAUACAGAUGUAGGGAAUAAUGACCCUUUAUCAAAUCACUCGCCGUAUGCCUCUGGGGACCCAAGUCCUUCUUGUUCACUGAACCUGGAAACCUCUCUCCAGAAUGGGAUAAAUGAAAAUUUCUUGGAGAAAGUGGUGCAUCUUAUCCAAGAAGAGUUUGCAUCCGGUAGUCAUCUGAUGAAUACAGUCGAAGCUCUGGCCAUAGGUAAAUAUAUUUACAGCUUAAAGGAACUCAAAUAUAAAACUUUCUGUAAUGCAAUAUCUGAAAAAUUUUGCGACCUUUUCUGGGAAGAAAAACUACUAGCAAAACUUUAUGAUGUAGCAAAUGGUAAAACUGUUAUAUUUGCAAGCAUGAAUGAAACAAAAUACUGUGGCAACACAUUUCAGAGCCAAAAUCAACCUAAGAAUCUUGGGGAUGCCAGUGAAGAAGCAAAUGUUUCUAUCGCCGGCAUAAUUGCAGAUGACCUCCCACAAGGUAAUUCUGAAAAGGAAACCGAAUCACAGGAAACUGCAGAUGGAAUACAAAAGAAUGGUGGAGAAAUAUUGCAAGCCAAUGACUGUUACCUCCGUGCAGACUUGCCAGCAGAGAACCAAGAACAAGAGCAGGUUCUAUUAAAGUUGGAGGAAAACGUUUGCACCAAAGCUCCCUGCUUAUCCGAACUGUGUGGAUUUUGUCCUGGUUGGAGCACUGCAUUCUAUGGUUCAGAAUGUUUUAGUUUGGAAGUACAUCAAUACAUAAGAAAACUUGGAAAGCGAAAAAUUAAUGACACACAAGACAUAGAUGCGAAAAAAGCGGAACUUGAACAGCUGAUAACGAUGGAGACAAAGAAUUAUAGGAAGAGUAUAAAAUUCUACCAGAGGUUGUUGCAUAAGGAGAAAAGAAGCAAAGGUGGCGAAGUGAAAACAGUGUUGCCCAAACUGAAGGGACAGCUAGAAGAAAUGAAAUCAAAGGUGCAGUUUCUUGACCUAGUGAAGAAGUAUCUGCAGAUUAUGUCUAUAGAGAAAUGGGGAGUUGAGGCAUGCAACCUUCUUACAGUUGUUAACAUGGCAAGCAGUGAAGCUCUGGGCAUCAUUAGCUCCUUGGACUGCAUGCUCCUCUUCUAUAAUAUAAAUAAAACCCAAUAUAGAGCCCCGUGUAAUGACAAUCAAAGUCAGCCAAGAAAUCUACAAGCUGGAAUGCCACAUGGGCUGAUGGCAUAUCUCUAUUCCAGAAAUGCAUUUUUAGAAGGCUAUGUACAGCAAUUCCUCUUCACCUUUCGAUACUUCUGCUCCCAAGAAGAAUUUUUUCAAUUUCUUCUUGAUAGAAUCAGAAUCACAUUACCCAGUUCAAGCCUGGACUCAUGUUCGUUGCUUAGCAAAAUAUGUCACCGUAGCUUCGCCAUUCUGCAAACCUGGAUUAAAGACUGCUAUGCUGUAGACUUUGCAGUAAAUCCUGAUUUUAUGAGUACACUAGAAGGCGUUAUCAUUUCCAAGGUAGGUCCACUCAAUGGCUAUGGCGAAUGGUUGCUGUCACUACUGGGAAGCAUUACUAGCAGGAAGCAAAGCAAUGUUUCUGAAUACUUCCAGGCAGAAAAAUUGGAAGAAGAAGAAGAGGAGGAAACCAGUGAAAUAAAACCUUUACACUUUCACUGCAAAAAGAGCUCAAAAGAUCUUUUGCAAAAGAGCUUUAAUUGGAAUAUCUCAAAGGAAAGUGAAACUGUUGCACCUUAUCAGAGAGGCAAGCAUAGCAUUACAUCAGCUUUAGCAAAUCCAUGCUAUUCAAAUGAAGCAGAAGAAUUCUCAGGCUUUUACUCUAAAACAGACGGAAUGCCAUAUGUCUUAACAGAAUAUACCGCACAACAACUUUGCCAUCAGCUGACACUGCUGGAACAGGAAAUGUUCCAUAAAUGUCACCCAGUGCACUUUCUAAAUUCAAGAUUCCUUGGAGUCAAUGAUAAGAGUGUGUCUUUCCAAAAAGCUGCUUCCUCUGAGCAAUUGCCUGUGCAAGCCUAUAACCUUUUUGCGGAAAACUGUGUCCAAGAUGCUUACCUUUUGCAGCUUUUAAAAUAUGCAGACAAUGUCAGUAAUUGGGUUGCUGCUGAAAUUGUAACAAGCUACAGCUCUAAGAUGCAGGUUAACUUGCUAUCAAAAUUACUCUUCAUUGCAAAAUGUUGCUAUGAGCAAAGAAAUUUUGCUACCGCGAUGCAAAUCCUAAAAGGACUGGAAAAUCUCAUUGUGAGACAGUUACCAGUUUGGAAAUGCUUGUCUUCUAAAGUGUCUGAAAUAAUGGAAGAACUAAAGGCUGUUGAGGUGUUUUUAAAAAGUGACAGCUUGUGUUUAAUGGAAGGAGAGAGAUUUAAGACUUCACCAACAAUUCCAUCAGCCCAUGUUCUGGCAAUGCAUGUUCAACAGCUUGAAACUGGAGGAUUUACAAUGAGAAAUGGGACAUAUAAAUGGACUAAACUCAGAAACAUUGCGAAAGUUGUGAGCCAGAUUCAUGCACUGCAAGAAAACCACUACAUGUUCUCUCCAGAUCACCGGCUUCAAUCUUUCUUAAGACACAGAAUAGCAUCUUUUAGUGAUGCAGACAUCUCUGCCUUAGCAGCAGACAACUAUGCCAACUUUUACCAGAUACCAGCUGAAAAGCAGUCUCGGAAAAUCCAGGACACACUGCAUAGGAUGAAGACAAUGUUUCAAUAACUGCUUAUAUUUCAUCCUCAAAUAUUUAAAGGUUUAAAUAAUUUACUUUUUGUAAUAAUUGGUCCAUAAAUGUAUCAUCUCAGCAGUGACUGAGCUCUAUUUAUGAAUGUUUCUGUUUGAAAAAUCCGAACACUAAGCAAAAGGGGCAAGAUUCCUACUGUGUUGCUCACUUGUCAAAUAGCAAGUCGCUCUCAUAUGAAUUUGUCAAAGCUGCAUGUCAUGAGAGCAAAUUAAAAAUUAAGUCCUUAUUGUUUUGUUUUAAUUUUGUCCAAACAGUGGAGCUUAUUGGAGAAUAUGAGUGCUAUAUUUAUAUAAAGUUUGAGUAUUUAUUAUCUUGUCAGGCGGUAUAUUAAUUUUUGGCCGAGAUUUGCUUUUCCUUUAGGAAAAACAAACUGAUCUCUCACAGUAUGAGUUAUUUCUAUCGUAGAAUAAGAAGUGCUAAAUGUGGGGAAGGAAGGCUAGUAUACUAUCUCUACAUUUCAGUAAGGUCUGUAAUUGCUUAAACUACUGGUAUUCCAUUUCCAAACAACAAUGAACUCAUUACCCACUACUGUUCUUUGAACUAGCCCCAUUCUACUUUCAGAGCCUACUGGAGAGGUAAUUUUAUUCAAGAUUUCACUUGAAAUGAAUGCUGUGCCAAAAAGGCAUUUUGAUGCUUUCUGCUAAAAGCUUUUUCAAACCAUUACAAGAGCCUCCCCCCCCCUUUGGUGACCUUACAAAAGGGGGUGAAAGUAUGUUUUUGCAGGACUACCCUUGCUUUGAAUGGAUUUUGGGGGGAGAGUGACACAACCCUGUUAACAAGCCAACCAGACAAACGAACACCCUUUUAUUUUUGCCACACUGCACUGCAAUAACAUAAAUUCCGCAACAUGGCAAAAUAUGGGUUGUUAGCCUGGUUACCUCAUCAACAGGGAUGCUUCCUAUUCAACAGGCAUGAAGGCAAUGGAUUGACUUUGCUUACCCUUGUUGACGUCUUCACUUGGAGCACAAUCGAGCGAGGCAGGCCAGAAUUUCAGAACCUCAAGGAAGCUCCAACUCAGUGUCCAGACUGGACAGCAUUCUGCUCACACAAGGCCUGAUUCACCCUGGUAGAAGCAACAAACAUUGGUAACAUUAAAACCACAGACCAGACCCCAGUAGAAGCUACUCUCAUAAUAGGAGAGGAAACGCAAACUACCCCAUCAUGGUUCUUCAGCCCCAUCCUAACCACAAACCAACUAGCUAGAGAGUCUCUUGAAAACUCUCCAAAACUACCGGUACUUUAAGGACAACAAUGUGGGUGACAUCGCAACACACACACACACACAAUGAAAGCAGUCAUCAGAGGAGCCAGCAUAAAAGGAGAGGGCAUCCCUUAAAAGACAAACCUCAAAAAUUAGUAAACUAGAACAGGACAUUACAACCCUCUCACCACACUACAAACAAACAGGAGCCUUAAACUCAUAGAACAAAAAAGAAGAGAAAUUGACUCUCUAGAAAUCAAUAAAACAAUGAUUAACAUCCUAUACUCUAAAUGACGCUUUUACGAAUAUGGAGGGAAGAACUCCAGACUAUUAGCAAACAGAUGCAGGAAAAAAAUCACUCAAAACAAGAAUACACUGUAUCACUAAAAAAAGACGGUAACAUAACAUCGUCCACCAAAGAAAUAACUUCAGAAUUUGCUGGAUUUUAUGCCAACCUAUACACCUCCUGCAACCCACCUGAACAGGAAAUUGGAAGAUUCCUAACAGGGCUGACCAUGCCAACCUUAACUGCAAAAUGCAGAAUUAGCAAUAUGGACUCCAAUACCACAGCAAUCCAGAGAGACACAAAACAAGGAUGCCCACUAUCUCCCUUCCUAUUCAUCUUGGCCCUGGAACCCCUAGCUAUCCGACUCUGAGCAGCUCCAGAUACCAAGGGUGUGGAAAUAAAAGGAAAAACCUACAAAUGAGGGCUGUUUGCAGACAACCUGAUGGUCACAACACCAGACCCCAUAAACACAGCAACUACCCUAACUAAAGAACUCAACACAUCCGCAAAGGUGUUGGGCUUACAAGUAAACUACAAAUAAACUUUGCAAAAUCUGAGGCUAUAUGCUUCAACACCCCCCCACCCCACCCCACAUACCCUGCGUAUAAGACUACCUUUUAACCCAGGAAAAUCUUCUCAAAAGUCGGGAGUUGUCUUAUACAUCGGGUCGUAUACGCCCAGUAGUCUUAUACGCCGGAAUAUACGGGUAAUUCACCAACAGCACAAAUAUAAAACUGCCACACCAAAUUCAGGUACCUAGGGGUUCAAAUAACCAGAAACCUCAACUGUACCUCCACAAUUACAAGCCCUUGUGACAACAAAUCAACAGAGACUUGAGGAAAUGGAACAACAUCAACUUCACCCUCUCAGACAAAAUAGCCAUGAUCAAAAUAAUUACCCUCCCAAAACUAACCUAUUUAUUCCAAACCCUUCCCAAUCUGGAUUCCCCCAACCCAACUCCAGAAGUGGCAGGGGGAAAAAAACCACUCAUUUAUUUUCUCACACUAAAGGCCAAGAACAAGCAUAGGCAAACUCGGCCCUCCAGCUGUUUUCGGACCACAACUCCCAUCAUCCCUAGCUAACAGGACCAGUGGUCAGGGAUGAUGGGAAUUGUAGUCCCAAAACAUCUGGAUUGCUGAGUUUUCCUAUGCCUGGCCAAGAAUAAGCCCCAAAUACCUGCACCUCCUCUCUUCAGAAGGAGGAUGGGGAAUCCCUGACUUAGAAUCAUAUUACAUCGCCAACUAAGUAUGCCACAUAAUCCCGUAUAUUCUAGAAGAUGAGACAAAAUGGGUCCACUUGGAGAGAGAGACCCUCGAAAACAUCCCCACAACAGCAUACCCAUUUCUGGUUGUUGAAUGACCAGCAGGGCAUCAUCAGAAGAUCUUAAAGGUUGGCUUGGUCUGUACCAAAAGAGACAGUGAUGGUUUUCCUCUCAUAUUUUUGUGGUCCAUGGGUGCCACUCACUGUGGGGCUCAUCUUCAACCUUCAAACACAGGGAAGACCUUAGCUUUCAAGCCAUUAGGUAAUGCUACCCAAAUGAACGUCAGUUGUUUUCCCCUACCACCUUGAACACCAUCUAAAAUUACCGUCCAACUUUGCUAAUGGAAAACUAUUGUGUUUCUCUUUACUUUGUUCUUUUAAUAAGUAACUUGUGUUUUGUGCUUAAGGAGGUAGAUAGAUCCCUGCUACCAUAACUGCUGGACUUUGUUUUCAGAAUUGGAAUCAGCCAUUGUUUUUCCAUACAAUCCUAGGUGUAACCCAAGACCUGGGAGAAACUAAGCCAAUCAAUUUUGAAAUCUUCUUUCCUAUCUAUAGUCCAGCCUCUGUAUCCAUGAACCCAUCCAUCUUAAUGUAGAACGCCAGAGCAGCUAAGAGCCUUGAAAUGGACUUUGCUGCCAACUGCCUCUCCCUUUAUGUCACUGUAGUAGACAGCUGUGCAUGUAUAACUACCCCCCCCCCUCCACUUUGUGCCUGGACUCCUCAAUUCUUUGAAGCUCUUGCAUAUCUCACCCUAGUUCUGGGUGCCAGUGAUAACUGGGUGGCCCUGUGUCCUUGGCAGUCAACGUGCUACAGUGCCUACAUUGCAUCAGUCAAGAAUGAGAAGGCAUCAGUUGAGAGCCAGUGUGGUGUAGUGGUUAAGAGCGGUAGACUCGUAAUCUGGGAAGCCGGGUUAGCGUCUCUGCUCCUCCACAUGCAGCUGCUGGGUGACCUUGGGCUAGUCACACUUCUUUGAAGUCUCUCAGCCCCACUCACCUCACAGGGUGUCUGUUGUGGGGAAGGAGGGGAAAGGAGAUUGUUAGCCACUUUGAGACUCCUUCGGGUAGUGAUAAAGCGGGAUAUCAAAUCCAAACUCUUCUUCUUCUUCUUAAAGCCCAGCACGUUUUGCUGUGAAGCCACUUUACAAUGCUCAGAACACUUCAUUGCUGUAAGGAAGGUUGGUUGAUACUGUAUGGUAUAGAUUAGAAUGAGAUUGGCUUGCUGAAAACCCCAUUGAGUCUACAGGCAUUGUUAAGUCUUGCAUUUCCAUCAACCCCUCUCUCUUUCCUUCAAGGGCCUUAGUAAUGACAGCUGUAGUUAACUGUUUCCUCUGAAGAGUUAACAAGGUAGAACUGUAUGGAAGCUUCUAUCUUUCAGUAGCCUCCCAGUGAAGAAGCUGAGAUUUAGCCUUACCAAGUCUAAUAAUCAGACAAAAUUUUGGUAAUUAGUUUAAAUAAAUAAAGCUACCCCCAGUAUGUAUACUAGGGUACUAAGAUACCCACCCACUUAGACAGCCCUGAAAGUGGAUUAUGCCCACGAAGGCCUAAACUUGCCUAACCUUCCCCAGGUUAUGAGUCUAUAUCAGGGAUGGCUAAUUUGUUGCCUUCCAGAUAUUAGACUCCCAACUCCCAUCAUCCCCAGCCAGCAUGGCCUAUGAUAACGGGUGAUGGGAGUUGUAGUCCAGCAACAUCUGGAGGGCCAUGGGUUCCACAUCCCUGGUCUAGACUAAUGAAGCCCCAGCAAGGCUUCCCUUCCCAUGCUAAAAAGGGCAGCUGUGGAAAUCCAGAUUCAGGAAAGCAGCUACAGCAAAGGCCCUCCAGAGCCAUAUUAUUUUGGAAAUGGCAAUCCUGAGCUUAGCCUCAUCUCCUUCCUGACCUGUUGAGAGCAAAACCUGCACACAAUUAACAAACACUGAUUUCUUGUGGUGUUUCAUUCCAGUUGGUCUUGCUCAGUAUAUACCAGGGGUGGCCAACUCCCAAGAGACUGCGAUCUACUCACAGUUAAAAACUGGCAGUGAUCUACCCCCUUUUGGGGGGUUCAGGUCAAAGUUGUUGAGCUUUUUUUAGGAAGGAGGAAGGCCUAUUUUGGGGGGUUUCGGGUCAAAGUUUUUUCAGGGAGGAGGCGAAAUGUUGAGCUUUUUUAGGAGAGCCACAGUUGUUCAGCUUCUUUGGGGGGAGCCAAUGAUCUACCAGUGAUCUACCUGUUGGUCAUGCCUGGUUUACUGCUUUCUUUACAUCCUCUAAAUACUUUUCCUUGAUUACUGAGCUAUUUGUGUAUAACUUUGAAACCGCCUUGCAUUUCUUGUGUGUUACCAGUUUUAUUGCACUAAUUUUGAGUGUGCAUAUUCUCCCUCUGUUUUUAAUACAUUAAUCCUGACACUAUGGUUUUGGACAGUUUUUGUAUUGAAACAAAAUGAAAAGUUGUGAUAAAAUAAGUAUCUUAAAAUAUUCAUUAUACUUUCUCAUUAGCUGUUUUCCUGUUGCAU